GGCAUAUCAUUCGUAGUGUUCAGGUGUGUAUAAUGUGGCUGUUGUGACGGUCUUCAGGUGUGUACAAUGCUGAUGUUGUGACGGUCUCCAGGUGUGUACAACGCUGCUGUUGUGACGGUCUCCAGGUGUGUACAACGCUGCUGUUGUCAUGGUGUUCAGAGCUAAAUACAGAAGCCUGCAAGAGACCAUUACCAGAUAUCAGUAGAACCUACAAGAUACUGAUAGGCUGGUAUGGAGUACCAAGACUCGUAGGAAGUGUCAAGGCGAAAGAGAAUAAUGGAGCAUGCAGAAAUAACGAUUGGGCAGAGGCAGGGAAGUGAGAAAGCGGAGAUAAUGACUGAACAGCUGGAAGAGACCUCGACACCAGGGACGAGUGAACAACAGCAGGAGAACGAGGGAGCAGAGACGAUGGACGACCAGCUGGACGUGGAAAAGGGAGACCAAGAGGAAGUCGAUCAAAUACAGCACCUGGAGAAGCGAGACCAAGAGGCAGUCGACCAAGUACAGCAGCUGAAGAAGCGACACCAAGAAGCAGUCGACCUAAUACAACAGCUGAAGAAGCGAGACCAAGAGGCAGUCGACCAAGUACAACAGCUGAAGAAGCGACACCAAGAAGCAGUCGACCUAAUACAGCAGCUAAAGAAGCGAGACCAAGAAGCAGUCGACCAAAUACAACAGCUGAAGAAGCGAGACCAAGAAGCAGCCGACCAAAUACAGCAGCUAAAGAAGCGAGACCAAGAAGCAGUCGACCAAAUACAGCAGCUGAAGAAGCGACACCAAGAAGCAGUCGACCAAAUACAACAGCUGAAGAAGCGAGACCAAGAAGCAGCCGACCAAAUACAGCAGCUAAAGAAGCGAGACCAAGAAGCAGUCGACCAAAUACAGCAGCUGAAAAAGCGACACCAAGAAGCAGUCGACCAAAUACAGCAGCUGAAGAAGCGACACCAAGAAGCAGUCGACCAAAUACAGCAGCUGAAGAAGCGACACCAAGAAACAGUCGACCAAAUACAGCAGCUGAAGAAGGGACACCAAGAAGCAGCCGACCAAAUACAGCAGCUGAAGAAGCGACACCAAGAAACAGUCGACCAAAUACAGCAGCUGAAGAAGGGACACCAAGAAGCAGUCGACCAAAUACAGCAGCUAAAGAAGCGACACCAAGAAGCAGUCGACCUAAUACAACAGCUGAAGAAGCGAGACCAAGAAGCAGUCGACCAAAUACAGCAGCUAAAGAAGCGAGACCAAGAAGCAGUCGACUUAAUACAGCAGCUAAAGAAGCGACACCAAGAAGCAGUCGACCAAAUACAGCAGCUGAAGAAGCGAGACCAAGAAGCAGUCGACCAAAUACAACAGCUGAAGAAGCGAGACCAAGAAGCAGUCGACCAAAUACAACAGCUGAAGAAGCGAGACCAAGAAGCAGCCGACCAAAUACAGCAGCUAAAGAAGCGAGACCAAGAAGCAGUCGACCUAAUACAGCAGCUAAAGAAGCGAGACCAAGAAGCAGUCGACCAAAUACAGCAGCUGAAGAAGGAACAACUCCUGAGAGCAGUGAGAGAGGGGUCAGCUGCCGUGGUGAAGAGGCUGCUGGAGUCUGGAGUUGAUGUCGAGACUGUUACUUCUUGGGAUGACACUGCAGGUUACCGAGCCUUGCACCUGGCCGCUGUAGGAGGUCACGACGAAGUCACCCGGGUGCUGAUGCAGGCUGGAGCCGACGUCACCGCCAGGGAUCACUACGGGGAUGAGGCUAUCCACACAGCCAGCCGGAGCGGCCACGCACCAGUGGUCAACCAAUUGCUCAACCAUAACAAAGAUCAGCUCUACGACCUCGACCAUGAUGGCCGGACAGCCGCGCACCUGGCAACAGCAGGUGGUCACGUGGCGGUACUCGAAGUCCUUCAGCGUUACGGCAAUAUCCUUGAUGUGAGGGAUCAAGACGGCCGUUCUCUUCUCGAGUACUCUGAGGCCAACGACCAAGUGCGUGUCACCGAGUGGCUGCUAGUACAAGGUGUGCAAUGGCCUCCCUUAACCAGCUGGAGUUUCCACAUCUUCCAAGCAAGCUAUCCUAGGCUGGCCUGGUUGUUCAAGGUACUGACGUGGUUUGUCAAGACUUCCUUGAGAUGGUUGAGUAUGAGUCCACCGCUUGACCCCAAACUGAAAAUACAGGUGAUGCGAACGCCGAGACCCAUACAGCAGCCUCUGCAGCAGAAGCCGCAGACGGAACAGCGGAAGCUGCAAACGGAACAGCAGAAGCCGCAAACGGAACAGCAGAAGCCGCAGACGGAGGUGGAACGGCAGAAGCCGCAGACGGAGGUGGAACAGCAGGAUCCGCAGACGGAGGUGGAACAGCAGGAUCCGCAGACAGAAAUGGAACAGCAGGAUCCGCAGACGGAGGUGGAACAGCAAAAGCCGCAGACGGAGGUGGAACAGGGAACAUCAAGGCUGCAACAGCAGACGGAGCAGCAGAAGCCGCAGACGGAGCAGCAAAAGCACGGGGAGAAGCGAAAGAGUCAGGAGAAAAGUCGCAGAUCGAAGCGGACGGUCUCAGCAGUGAAGGAGGACCUCCGACCUCAUGGUUCCCCCACUAAACUUUUGCAAGAGGACCACUACCCCAAUGGGCUCCCUAACAUUGGUAACACCUGUUAUAUGAACGCCGUCCUCCAGUGCCUCUACCACACGCAACCUCUAACACAACACUUCUGUGCGGAGAGCGGAAAGCAAGGCAAAGUGUCAAGUGUGUACCAGGCUCUCGUCCGAGCCCUCGACUCCGGCACGGGCCUUCAAGAUGCAGUCCAACGUCUCAAGAAAAUAGUGGGCAGCCAGGAUGAGAUCUUCUUGGACUGCGAACAGAAAGAAGCUCAUGACUUCCUCUCAAUGAUGCUUCACUGGUUGUACGAGGAACUGCCCCAUGUGAGUCAACAACCUGACCAAGAUGAUGACUUGACCAAGGCACCCAAGAGAAGGAAGACAGGAGUGGAACUGUUCUAUGGGGAGCAUAAAUCCACCAUCACUUGCAAGAGAAUUGGCAAAGUCCUAAACACUGUCCUGGAACCUUUCUCCAACCUCACACUACCUGUCAACAAGAAAGGCUGGUGUAGCUUACAGGACCUCCUGGACCACUACUACAGGCAGCGGGACAUAGAGUGGUGGUGCGAGAAUUGUGGGGAGGAACACAUGUGCCAGCAGCAGACCACCAUCCAACAUCUUCCUGACCUGCUCAUUGUCCAUCUUAGCAGGUACCAGAAGAAUAACCUUCAAGGUGGGAAAUCAAAACUGACCUUUCCAUCAGAGGACCUCGAUCUGACUGGCUUCACUAACGGGAAAGAGGAGAGUCACCAGUACGAGCUGUAUGGUGUGUGUGUUCACCAAGGGACGAUGACUUAUGGCCACUACUCUGCCUUCUGCAGAAGAUGGGACUCAACCACAUGGUUCCAUUUCAACGAUCUGUCCGUCAGGGUCAUUGGCAAGAAACAGGUCCUCCAGCAACAUAAUGCCCACAUCCUCUUCUAUAAAACCCAAGGGGUAAAAUACUCUUAUGGGGAACCCAGUAAAUGAUAGUCUCUUAAUACAAGGUACAGUGAAGGAUAACUUUAAUUAGGGCCAAGUGAAGAAUGAUCUUCUACCUAGGACCCAGUAAAAAUAUUCUCCACAGGAGACAAUAGGGACAACUUUCUCCAUAGGAGCCAGUAUGGAUAACCUCCACAGGAGCCAGUCGGGACAAGAACCUACCCUCUGCUCCAAGAUUCGAUAAAAAAAAAAAGGUGUUUCACAUUUGCAUUAAAGACUUGUCCACACGACCUAUUCAGAUCUCUUACAUGACCUACUAAGCUACACCAUCUCACACUAUCCACUAACACAAUAAUCUCCUACAGAGCUCAUCAAGUACAGUACCUCCUACAAAAUCAGGCACACACACAUACCUCUACAGAACUCAGGACAGCCCCACCUACAAACUACAUGCCACUCCUAACCAUGUGAAUCAGGACAGCUUCUUGUUACGAGCCAGUAGUCCGCCUCGACACACUAGACAUUGUUGUAGUCCAGUGGUCCACCUCAACUUAUUAGACCCUACUGUGGGUACAUGGUCCACCUUGAUACACUGGGGUCCCUGUUGUAAUCCAGUGGUCCAUGUCAAUCCACACACCAACACUGUGGUUUCUUCUCACUUUUACGAUACUCAAUAAGUAACUUAAUCUAGUGCAAUAAGGUAUCCUCGGUUGUGAAUAUUAUUACAGCAUAAUGAUUGUCAAUAUUGUUGUUGCUAUAAUUUCUGCUUUAAUAUUAUUCUUUAUAUUACAUGAAUAUAAACUAUUAUAGAUUUUAUAUAUAAACAAGAUUUGUAUCCAAAAUACAGUACAUAUUUAACAAACAUUCCCACAAAUGUUCCUUCUGAUAAACUUUUUAUUAAUAAAAUAACAAAACAUC